GCAUUUCAUGGAAUUGAAACUUGAAGCCCCUGGGGAGAAUCAUGGUGCCGCGGGUGAAACUGCUUAUAGUUGUUGCAAGUUUGAUCAGUCUUGGAUUUUCUGGAGCACCAACAGCACCCCCAAAAAGAGCUGUAGUUAAAAACAACUCAGGUGUAACACCCGCGGGUUUGUGUGGUACUUGGGUCAAGGACUCCGAUGGAGGGCUUUUCACAUCACCUAACUACCCUGAGAAAUAUCCUCCUGACCGAGAAUGCAUAUACAUAAUUGAAGCUUCUCCAAGGCAAUGCAUCGACCUGUUUUUUGAUGAAAAAUAUGCUAUUGAGCCAUCAUGGGAGUGUAAAUUUGACCACAUUGAAGUUCGGGAUGGACCCUUUACCUUUUCUCCUAUCAUUGGCCGAUACUGUGGACAAGAGAGCCCGACCUACGUCAGGUCCAGCGGACGAUACCUCUGGAUAAAGUUUGUCGCAGAUGGUGAGCUAGAGGCCACUGGAUUUUCAGCUCGGUAUAAUUUCACACAAGAUCCAGAUUUCAAAGAUCUUGGAGUUCCCCCCUCUCUUCCUAUUUGUGAUUUUGAGAUGAGUGGACCAGAGGGGAUUGUGGAGUCUGUAAUGGUUACGAAAGAGGGCAAGGCAUCGCAGUUUGAGGCCGUAGACUGCAGGUGGUUCAUAAGAGCUCCGCCUGGCUCUAGGAUUUAUUUGCGUUUCCUGGACUACGAGAUGCAGAACUCGAAUGAGUGCAAGCGAAACUUUGUGGCAGUGUAUGAUGGGAGCAGCUCGGUGGAGCACCUGAAGAAUAAAUUCUGUAGCACGGUGGCCAAUGACGUGAUGCUGAUGACCUCAAUAGGUGUGAUUCGCAUGUGGGCUGAUGAAACCAGCCGCAGAAGUCGAUUCCGCAUCCUCUUCACCACCUUCCAGGAGCCUCCAUGCGAAACCGGCUCAUUCUUUUGCCAUAGCAACAUGUGUAUCAACCAAACACUGGUGUGUAAUGGCAUCCAAAACUGCGUCUAUCCAUGGGACGAGAAUGGUUGCAAUGAGAAAAGAAAAGCCACUAUCCUGGACAACCUUGACAACACCAAUGUAACCAUUAUUGGGGUUACCUGUGGAGUGGUGAUAAUCCUGCUUACUGUGUCUAUAAUCAUUCAAAUAAAACAACCACGCAAGAAGUACAUCAUUCGCAGAGAUGAUUUUGACCCCACCUUGCUGCAUGAGGCCUUCGAACCGCCACACUAUGAGCUGUGUACAUUACGGCAAGCGACCACAGAUGAGGAUGAUGACAUUUUACCAGAGGACUUUCACAAAUUGCAGAGGUCCUCUUCCAAAUGCAUCCAUGGUCACCACUGUGGCUCCCUGGUGUCCAGCACUCGAGGCAGCCGCAGCGACCUCAGCCUUCGAGAAGCUGCCUCAAUAUUCUCAGAGAUGCAGGCAGCUGUGCAACCUCCCCUCCCUCUGCAAGGUACCCCUAUUGGCCACAGGAAUAUUCUUGUGAUGAAGCAUAGUUACUCACAUGAUGGGGCUGAAGAGUAUGACUUUGAUGAUGAACUGGAUGACGGACCCACUACCAGCCAUGGUCGAGCUUCGAUGGAGAGAACAGUACAUCGGUCAAUAUCCAAUGACUUUUGAUGGUUUUCUGAGCAUUUGUGUCAUUUGUCACUAUUUUAUUUGUGGUAGUCAUGCACUUGUCUUACUUUGCUUAAAGACAAAAUACUCUUGUCUAAUCUUUCCAUAUUUUCAUUGGUUACAACUGAGCAUUGUUAUAAGCAUUGACGUAUAAACUGUUUAUGUAUGUAUGUGUGAUCCUUGAAACUUUAUUACCCUCAGUUUUCUUUUUGCAUAUAAUAGUGAAAAAUACAUGCUGCCUAUCUCAUAUGACUUCUUAUACCAAUACACACAAUUACAGUGCAUGUGAUGUAUGUAAAUAUUUCAGAUUCAUGUUGAGUUUUAUUAUAACACAACAUCAUUUUAUGUCAUGACUGUUGUUUUUUGACCCCAUUUUCUGUUGUUUUAGGACAAGAUUCUUUCUAUCUUACAGUACUAUGUGACUUUAUUAAGUGACUUUAUUUAUAUUCAGCUUUAAAGCCUA